AUGCACGGCGAAGCACCGGAGUGGACCUCCAAAAACGGCAAGAUAUGGUCCCCCUCAAGUACCGCGACGCUGCGCUACGUCCCAGCAGCAAUAGGGCAUAUAGCAGGACCUACCCACUACGCCGUCGCCCGAAUUUCUGACCCACUCUCCAACUUCAGGUUGUUCCUGACUGAUGAGAUCAUGCACCAUAUCGUUGAAAUGACCAACCUCCAUGGCAGACGCACAAUCUCAGACUGGCGAGAUUUGGAUAACGACGAAUUGCUGGCUUAUGUGGGGCUGCUCAUUUUGGCCGGCGUUUACCGCUCAAAACACGAAGCCACCACCAGCCUUUGGAGCGAGAAAACGGGAAGGAGCAUUUUCCGAGCUGCAAUGUCCCAGAAAAGAUUUUCUCACAUCACCAGGGCCCUCAGGUUUGACGACAAGCUCUCCCGACCCCGCCGCCAUACCGACAAAUUGGCUCCCUUUCACGAGGUAUGGGACAUGUGGACACACCGCCUGAUGAUGUUGUUCAGCCCAGACCGAGACCUUACUGUGGAUGAGCAGCUGGUCUCGUUCAAAGCAAGGUGCAGCUUCCGACAGUACAUUCCAAAAAAGCCUGCCAAAUAUGGCAUAAAGGUUUGGGCAGCCUGUGACGCCAAGACAUCGUACGCCUGGCGGCUGCAAGUCUACACGGGGAGAGCAGCGGGUGAACGAGCAGAAGUAAACCAGGGGAUGAGGGUCGUCCUGCAGAUGACCGAGGGGCUCCAGGGACACGUCGCCACCUGCGAUAACUUUUUUACGUCAUUUGCACUGGCGGAGCAACUCCUCAAGAGGCAAAUAGCUCUAGUCGGCACAAUUCGCCAGAACGAACCAGAAAUCUCACCUGUUUUGCGCCAGACAAAAGGGAGAGCGAUCUACUCGUCCACCUUUGCCUUUACAGUGAGGCACACCCUCGUGUCCUACAUUCCCCGACGGGGCUGGAAUGUUCUUCUAUUGAGCACCAAGCAUCGCAGGCUGGAGGUCAGCGAUGGAGAGAAAAGAAAGCCGGUGAUCAUCGAUGACUAUAACCAGUGCAAAGGAGGUGUCGACAACCUUGAUAAGGUUGUCGGCACCUACUCGUGCAGGAGACGGAACAAUCGAUGGCCAAUGGCUGUCUUUCACAACAUGAUAGACGUUUCCCUGUACAACGCCUUCGUGCUGUGGACGUCAGUAGAUCGGUCCUGGCUGCAGCAGACGCCACACAGGAGGAGGCUGUACAUAGAAGAGGUGGGAGAAAGCAUGAUCAAGCCUCAUAUAACCAAAAGAGAACACCUUCCCCGCUCAUCAGCCGCUGCUGGAUUAGUCACAGCUGUGCAGUACGGUGCUGCUGCAGGCCCCUCUGGAUUGACACAUCCCAAGGGCAGGAAGCGCUGUGAGCUUUGCUGUGACUACAUGAGGCGAGUUGGAAACAGCUGCAGCAAAUGUGGAAGGUUCACCUGCCGAGCCCACAGCAAGUUUAUCUGCAGCCACUGCUCUACCUGA